AGAGUGCUUUGGCAUUAGGUAAGAUGACUUGUAGAUCUAUACGCCGUCUACCUACGCAGCACGUGAAACCCGUCACAUGUCACCAACACAAUGAGUUUGUAGAAUGAACCAACAUGGACCAGCCAAGUUUCAUUGACAACAAUAAGCCCAAAAACCCCUAAUGUUAACAGUUCUCCCAAGAAUGGACAGUGGAUCACAACAAGCAUUAACUGAAGAAUGGCAAGGUUUAGACGAAGAUCUUGCUCCACAUUUAUUGGUUUGGUGUUGCUCAUAUUCAUAGUAACAGUUGUUUUAAAGUCCUUUACACCAGAAUAUUCUCCAUUUGGAAGCAUCUUUGGUCCCGAAUUGUUCCCUAAUAUCAAAGGACCUGGAAAAAAUGCCAUUCAAAUGCUUGGUAAUAUUGACAGUGUCGUCCCUGAAGCACUGACCAAAAUGAUUGACAUAGACUCUGAGAGGGUCAAGAACGUAGAGGCUGCCCUCAGGCAAUUCCCUGCUCCAAACUACAAUAUUCAUGCCUUUUACUACACAUGGUAUGGCAACACACAGUUUGAUGGAAAGUACAUUCACUGGGACCACCCUCUUCUGCCACACUGGGAUUCAAAGGUGGCAGCAGGAUACCCAAGAGGGAGACACAGCCCACCAGAUGACAUUGGGGCUAACUUCUAUCCUGCUUUAGGAGCUUAUAGUUCCAGGGACCCCUCUGUUAUUGAAGCUCACAUGAAGCAACUGCGAGCAGGAGCUAUUGGUGUUCUUGCUGUUUCCUGGUAUCCACCUGGCAUGAAGGAUGAAAACGGUGAGCCAACAGAUGACAUUGUGCCUUUGAUACUGGAGGUGGCACAUGCAUAUCAUGUAAAGGUUGCUUUUCACAUUGAACCAUACAAAGGAAGAGAUGAAACAAGUAUGUUUAACAAUGUCAAGUACAUCAUAGAGAAAUAUGGUGAGCACCCUGCAUUCUACAGGCAUAGAACAAACACUGGCAAGUUUCUUCCUCUAUUCUACGUCUACGAUUCCUAUCUACUCAACUCAGAACAGUGGGCAAAACUCCUUAAACACACCAAAAGCAGUAGCAUUAGAGAUACUCCCUAUGAUGGUAUCUUCAUAGCCCUUCUUGUUGAAGAGAAACACAAGAGGGAUAUCGUCACGGCAGGUUUCGACGGAGUCUACACUUAUUUUGCCACUAAUGGGUUUUCCUAUGGCUCCACUCACCGCAAUUGGGAGUCCAUUAAAACAUUCUGUGAAGACAACAACCUGUUGUUCAUUCCGAGUGUGGGGCCAGGUUAUAUUGACACCAGUAUUAGGCCUUGGAAUUUCCAGAAUACACGCAACCGCAUUAAUGGGAAGUACUAUGAAAUGGCCCUGAGUGCAGCCCUAGAAGCAGGUGCUGACGUUAUAUCUAUAACAUCAUUUAAUGAAUGGCAUGAGGGAACCCAGAUUGAGAUGGCAAUUCCAAAAACAAGCCAGACUGUGUACCUAGACUACUUACCACACAAGCCUGUUGUCUAUUUAGAGGUAACUCGCAAAUGGGCAGCAAUAUUUAGCAAUGAAAGGGAUGGCUAGAAUGAUACAAAAAGUAAGGGCCUAACAUUAAAUCUGUCCUUAAAUUGUCUUACACAAUAUAGAUUAUAGAAUUUGACAACAAUAGUGCAUGUGACAGAAACCUAUAUUUACUCUUUGUCCUGUAACCAUUAUCAUGGUUUUACAGAUUUUUUUUACCUUGAUUUUACUAGGCAAGUCAUUUAAGAACCAAUUCUUAUUUACAAUGACAGCCUAGGAACAGUGGGUUAACUGCCUGUUCAGGGCAGAACAACAGAUUUGUACCUUGUCAGCUCGGGGGAUUGAACUUGCAACCUUCCGGUUACUAGUCCAACACUCCAACCACUAGGCUACGCUGCCACACCAAUUAACUAUUGAAAGGGCAGCCUUGAAUUGUGUGGUAUUUGUCCUGCUUUAUAUGAUUAAUGAUUUGUACUUUAAUGUAUAACUGUUAUAUUUGGGCAAUUAUACAGUGAGGGGAAAAAAGUAUUUGCUGAUUUUGUACGUUGCCCACUGACAAAGAAAUUAUCAGUCUAUAAUUUUAAUGGUAGGUUUUAUUUUUCAGUGAGAGAGAGUAUAACCACAAAAAAAAAUCCAGAAAAACGCAUGUCAAAAAUGCUAUGAAUUGAUGUGCAUUUUAUUGAGGGAAAUAAAUAUUUGACCCCUCUGCAAAACAUGACUUAGUAUUUGGUGGCAAAACCCUUGUUGGCAAUCACAGAGGUCAGACGUUUCUUGUAGUUGGCCACCAGGUUUGCAUACAUCUCAGGAGGGAUUUUGUCACACUCCUCUUUUCAGAUCUUCUCCUGACGUUCGAACCUUCAGCUCCCUCCACAGAUUUUCUAUGGGAUUAAGGUCUGGAGACUGGCUAGGCCACUCCAGGACCUUAAUGUGCUUCUUCUUGAGCCACUCCUUUGUUGCCUUGGCCGUGUGUUUUGGG